AUGCCUCUCUACAGAGAAGAAUACUUCCUCAUUGUGCACGCCGGCUCGGAGGACACCGUGUUCCUAUUCGGGUUGCGUGACUCGUUAACGCCUCCCCAGUAUAAGAUCCCCACGUUGGUCUACUUGGACACCACAACGAAUGAGUACCAUUUGACGAACCCAGCCGGCAGUUACCAGGAAAUACGGCCCAUUCGGGGCUCCCGGAUCGUCGACAUCGGCGCGUUCCAGGCUCUUUUGAAGAUCAUCAUGCAGACCAUCAUCGAGAAACAUCCGGUCGUCACCAUCAAUCUGGUGCCAUUGUUACUUGUAGCUCCAUCGCUCUCGUACUCGCGCGAGGCUGUGGAGGCCAUCACUAAAUAUGUAUUUGAGGUUUUGGAGCUCACUGCUUUUAACAUUGCCGACUUGUCCACCGCUAGCGCGUUUGGCUUGGGCAUUACGUCUUCGUCUGUAGUGGUCAAUAUCGGCCACGAGUCCUCGCAAAUCAUGCCUGUAGUCAACGGAACCACAUUGAAGUAUGCUGGAAAAAGAUUGAGCAUUGGAGGUAAAACCAUCGACGAUGAGCUCCAGACGUUGUUGCCUCAUUUGAAUGGCCGCCAGAUCAAUGCGUUGAAGAAGUCCCGUAUAUUCGAGGUGUUGAACGAUCACCAAGACUCCUUCUACUCGAUGGCCGACUUGAACGAAUCCACAAACAACGUUCCCGACGAGUUGGACGUGGCAAAGAUCAUCACGGCCGAGGACCAACAGAACCAGGAGAAGAGCGACGAGGAGGAGAAACCCAACAGCGAGUUGCAAACAAACUCGUUUGUAGACCACGACGGAAAGCUGAUUUCGGUAGGUAAAGAGCGUUUCCAGGGUACCUCCAAGUUGAUUGCAGCCCUCACAGAACAAAUCUAUGAAUGUAUCGAGCGUGUGCCCGAAUUAGAUAAGAGACAGGAAUGCUACGAUAACAUUGUUUUCACGGGACACACCUGUGAUAUUUCUGGCUUCAAGCAGGCCAUCAUAAUAAAACUCAUCGAGGAUUACUUGGCCAAGCCCCAGGUCACAAAAAAGAAGUCAAAGACUGAUUCUGGCGUGAAUUCUGCCAUCGCAGCUUACCAACUGACAGAGGAAACCCUGGAGGGUCCUGUAGAGCACAACAAACUCUUGCAGGUUCCUUCCACGAUCAAAAUGGCCAAGAUCCCAGACUACUUCCCCGAAUGGAAAGUGCCAAAGGAAACAGGCGGGGCCUGGGCAGAUGUCUACAUUUUGGGCGCUCAAAUUUAUGCCAAGCAGAUUUACGGCACAAACUCGAACCAUGGAGGCGAUUCGUUCAUUGAUACGGAAAUCUACGAAGAGCUGGGUCCUCUGGCUAUCUGGGACAUCAUUCUUUAG